AUGGUGGCCUGGGUCCAAUUGCCAGCCUUCCCGGUUCACUUUUACCAUCAAGAAAUCCUUUUCUCCUUGGGGAACAUGAUUGGGCGAGCAAUCAAGUUGGACUUUCACACACAACAUCAACAACGCGUUAAGUUUGCUCGGAUGGCUGUCGAACUCGACUUAUCUAAACCGCUGGUAACCCGCAUUCGGCUUGACGGAAAAUGGCAGUACAUUGAAUAUGAAAAUCUACCAAAAGUGUGUUUCGAGUGCGGAAAGGUUGGGCACACGACAGCUUCCUGUCCUUCGCUGUGUGAAUCGGCGGUUUCGAUCAGGAUCGGAACGGCUGCGGCCCCGCCGGAAAAGUGCUCGGAAGAGUCGUCGGAGGAGAAGGCUGGGUUUGGACCUUGGAUGCAGGUCACACGACGAUCACGGCGGGGAACACGGGGGCAUGAGAAAGGAAACUCCGACAUCAAUCAAGGGGAUUUGGUGGUUGGUGGAAACGCCGAAAAAGGAAAAGGCAACCACAAAAUUUUGGAAGGUAUCUCUGGAAGCAAGGGGGGAUCUAGAGAGACUCAAGGCCAACGGACGGAAAAUCUCAAGCUAAGCAGGGGGGAGAAGGGGAAGUAUAACGAUGGGGUACAGCAAAAGGGGAAAGAAAAAGUGAGUAAAACCAUCGUGGAAGGGGUGACAGGCGGCCAAGGUGUUUUAGGCCCAAUUCCAGUGGCCCAAAGAAAUAUGAACUCGGGUGCCAACAAGCCCACUUUGGACACGAAGAAGCAAUGGGAGAGAGGCUCGACAAGCCUCGACAAAGAUAAUGGGCCUCUUUUGCUUAAUGAAGGAACAGGCCCACGAAAUGGUCCUGAACUGACUUGCUCCAGCCCACCGCCUACUCGGAUAGUCAAGGGCCCCAACGACACUUCCAUCCAGAUAGUAGCAAUUCCACCAUAUGAGUCUCAGCAAGCGGCAGAGCGGGAGACAAACUUCCCGUCGGCGGCAGUGCGGACCAAAAAUCAAAAGGGGCAUAAGAAGAAGAAUUCGAAAUCGCCUAGGAAGACAUCAGUGCCGAUCACCUCCAAAGCCCUGCAAGUCUGGACUCCGGUUAAGGAAAAGAAGAACAAGGCUAGAACUCGUUUGGCUUCACUUACCCUGCAAGAAAUUGAGGCGUGGACGGGAGCGGCAAAGGCGGCUGCAACAGAGACAAGUCCACCCCAAGUUCUGGAAGUGGAGCCUAGCGAGAAGAUGAUCCCGGCUUUGGAGACUGCAGGCUCAGACUGA